AUUUUGGUCAGAUAGUUUUGAGUCGGGCAGAGAGAUAGGUCAUAGUCAGUCGGCAUUAUGGCUAAAUUAUACGUUAUGUUGUUUGCGAAUUUGGCAUUUGCCAUGUUGGCAUUGGCAGGGCCAACUACGCCUCCUGCUCCAACUCUUGUGCCGCGUAUUUUAACCGAUGGCUUCCAAUUGGAACCACUCAAUGAUAAAUAUUUCCUAAGCAUACGGAAUCCGGAUGGCACUGUGCGUCAGGAGACAGUCCAAGUGAUUGCACCUGGACAGCUGCAAGUGAAUGGUGUACUAAAUCAACCAUUCGAUGACCAGGGAAGCCAUUUGGUAGUCACCUAUGAGGCUGGACCCAAUGGUUAUGUGGCCAAAUACAGUUAUGGCACAGGCAAACCAACACCUCCAUCAGUUCCUCCUCUAUUCUUGAGUCCCGGUGCUUUGAAAACAGCAACUGGCUAAAUAAAUACUAAUUUUUAUCUAA